AUGGAUGACUGGACUAUAGCAUCAGUCGAUGGAUUCUUCGCUAGCCGCGAGUCUCCCACGCGGGAGGAAUGCCCUGAAUGCGCCUUGGCUAUUGUCGACGAGUCGACUAUUGAACCAGUGGAAACGCCUGGGUCUUUGAGCUACACGGUAGUCUGCACCGCAGCAAGGACGGGGACUAAGACGAUCGUAUCAUUCAGGCAGUAUGACACGUUCAUUGACCCUGAACUUACAGACUUGGCAGGCCAAGUUCAUGGCCAUCUCGUGCCUCAUGCGACCUUCCACGGCACCCUUGGCACCGAGACCGAGAGCAACGACCUUUUGAAGAUAUAUACCAUGCCAUGCCUUCCGGGUACGUCAGGCAUUGCCGUACUUAGAGGUGUCAACCCGGAUGAUACUCCUGAGGACGAGGUCAUGUAUACUCGCUUCAUCCAAGAGCUUGCACGGGCUUAUCUUCACCCUCAAACCGCCAAUGCAGGAAGAGAAGCUAUAGCUAAAUCAGACGCGGCUCGCAUGAUAAGCGUACUGAUGGACAUCAUUAAAGACCUACCUUUCCUUGCACCAACACUCAAUGACUUGGAAGGCAACCUCGACAUGCUUUUCGGCCCUUCGUACCCUCAACUUCUUACGCAUGGCGACCUUGGCUUGCCAAACAUCCUCAUGGAUGAGACUUCCGGCACGGUCACAGGUAUUGUCGACAGGAGUCUGGCCACCAUCGCGCCUUGUGGCAUGGAGCUGGGCGCCUUGCGAGCCUGCUUGGGUGCCUAUAGGCUCGGGAAAGGAUGGACCGACUUUGCUUGUCGUGACCGGCUGAUCACUGCUUUCUGGGACGAAUCCUGGCGCGCCACGGAUAUCCAGGGGAUGUUUGAGCGCCAAAGGAUAAGGCAUGUGGCAGAGCUGGCUGGGAAGCUGGGCAUUUUGGUGCAGUACCUGUUUAAACGCAACCCCAAUGGGACACCGAAGGAUGGCGUCGCCAAGAGACACGCUGCGAUGGUGGACCUAUGGUUCCAGAGUGGUGUUUUCUAG